GUUGUGGAGUCUCAGUCCUUGAAGACUUACAGAAGAGAGCUGGGCCCGUUCAGCCUGGAGAAGGGAAGGCUCAGGGGAAGCUUCCUAAUGCACAAAAGUACCUGAAGGAGGGUGCAAAGAUUAUGGAGCUGGGAUUUUUUCAGUGGCGCCCAGGAUAAGAGGUGAUGGGCACAAACUGCAACACAGGAAGCUCCACCUGAAUGAAUAGAUGACUUCUGUGCUCCAGCCCCGAGAAUGCAAAGUGACCAAGAAGCCCCAGAAGAUCUACGGAUUCUUCCUGCGCCUUGAGAGAGACACGGCAGGGCACAUCAUCCGCAACGUGGAACAGAACAGUCCAGCUGAACAGGCUGGCUUGAAGGAUGGAGACAGAGUUCUCAGGGUCAAUGGUGUGUUUGUAGACAAGGAGGAACACGCACAGGUGGUGGAGUUAAUAAAAAACAGUGGGAAUUCCGUUGUACUUCUCGUUCUGGAUGACACAUCCUAUCACAAGGCACAAAAGGAGGGAGUGAACUUGGAAGAGCUGGGUCAAAAGGCAUCAACAGGACAGCAGCAGGAGCAGUCCCCACCAUCCACGGCCAACAGAGGAACCAGUGCAGUUCCACAACCCCGGCUCUGCUACCUAGCGAAGGAGGAGAAAGGCUAUGGCUUCUCCCUGAAAACCACAGAAGGACAGAAGGGGUUGUUCAUAGUGGAGCUUUCACCAGAAGGAGCAGCUGCAAAGGCUGGUGUCCAAAAUAACGAUCGCCUGAUUGAAAUCAAUGGGGAAAACGUGGAAAAUUACACACACGAGGAAGUGGUGGAAAAGGUAAAGAAGUCUGAAAAUCAUGUUAUGUUUCUACUUUCAAAUGAAGAAACAGACCGCUAUUUCACAAGCCAGAAGAAGGUACUGAGCAAAGAGAGCGCCAGCCUAGGACUGCUUCCCCUCAGACCACGGCUCAUCGAGAUCCAGAAGGGGAAGAGCGGUUACGGAUUUUACCUACGGAUGGAACAAAACACUGGUGACCACGUCAUCAAGGACGUAAAUCCCGGGAGCCCGGCGGCCGGGGCGGGUAUCAAAGACGAUGACAUCUUAGUGGCCGUCAACGGAGAGCAAGUGGAUGGUCUGGACCACGAGAGUGUAGUGGGAAAAAUCAAGCAGUCUGAGGCAAAAACCACACUGCUGGUCGUGGAUAAGGAAACUGAUGCCAUGUAUAAACUGGCUCAAAUUUCCCCCUUCUCAUACUACUACAAAGCACAAGAUUCAACUCCAGCUAAAGUGGAAGAAAGAGUGGAGUUGCACACUGAGCACAGAGUGAACCACAAGCCAAGAAUCUGCAAGAUGGUGAAAGGGCCUAGUGGAUUUGGCUUCAGCUUAAACAUGAUCAAGAACAAGCCUGGACUGUUCAUCAGUGAGGUAAAAAACCACGGGCCAGCCGACAGGGCAGGGGUAGAAAACAACGACUUCUUGGUGGAAGUGAACGGAGUGAACGUGAUCAGCGACCCCUACAACGAAGUGGUGGCAAGAAUCCAAAACAGUGGUGACAGACUAACACUGCUGGUGUGCAGCAAAGAUGCUUACAGGCAGACUCAUCCUCCUCUUCACAAUCAGCUGCCUCCACAAGAGCUGCCAGUUACAACGAGGACGACACAAAGUUGUGAGGAGACAGCAACAACAACAAAAAAGAAACCACCUGAAUCUUUUUUCAGUAAUUUUUUGCUACUACACCUCCCAGAACUUGGCUAUUCCAAGGAGUGCCAUGCCUGUAAAGGACUGCAGUCUCUUCCUGAAAUAAACACUUCAGUGUAACUUGCAUCCAUUUAACACCCUGCAAUUGUACUUCAUUGGCUUUCUGCCCUGUAAAGUGGGCAGUUACUCACUUAGUGAUAAAAAGGCUUAAAUAACUACAAGGAUAUAAUUAAGGACUGCAGAAGAUGGAAACGUUUUAUAGAUUUGUAAGUAUCUCAGCCUUUUAAAGAUAAGCUCUUAAUAAAGAGCAACUGAUUUCUCCCCAGCUCCCAGGAGAGGCAGCUCUCCCCCUAAUCCAAGUCCAUCAACUCAAUCUCAGUGGCAACUCUUUGCUGUACUUCCAGCAGUACAACUGCUGUGAAGUGGCACAAGCCAAUGUACUCUGUGCAUUAUGCUCCUUUUUCCUGCUAACACUGCAGAAAUUCCUUUCAAACACUAAGCUCACUUUGUAAUUCAUAACUCAAGAUUGUUAAGCACUGUUCUCUCUCCUCUGCUGUGGAUCAUGGUGGUUAGAAGAGCACAACAUAAUUCAGUUGUGCAGGUUUGUCUAACCCCAAGUCAACACCACAUUGACUUGGAUGUGACACAAAUGGUUCUGUAACACUGCUGCUGUUAUACUUUGCUUCCUUGCUGUACACCAAAGACAAUACAGAAAUAAACUGUUUAGAGUGGUUA